AACAGAUUCUCUUUCCCUAUUUCUGCAUGCUGUGGUUAGACAGAAAGUUAAUUAGGAUUAAAGUUAAUUCUAUUAUGUAUUUCCACAAACCCAAAACUGCAUAAUAUGAGGACAUUGUGUACAGUCAUGGCAUUUAAUCAUUCAGCCUAAAACCAUGGGGAAAAAAACAACUUUACAAUAAGGUUGCAUUAACUUAAACAUAAGUUAAUGCAUUAUUUAUCCAAUCACAAUGAACAAUGUAUUUUAUACAAUUUAUGAUGGCUAAUAAAAUACAAAAUGUUCAUUGUUCAUUCAUGUUAGAUUGCAGUUACUAAUGUUAAGAGAACUUUAUUUACUAUUAAUUAUAUAGAAGUGUUAAUUGCUUAUGGUACUAAUACUUUAUUCACUAAAAAUUGUGAAUAAUAUUAUUACACUGGUGCUGAUUUCUCUGUUAUUAAGCUUAUACUGGUCAAUGUUAUAUUAUCUGGAAAGAAGCUCCUAGGAGCAUAAAAAUGAAAUAAGAAAAAGAAAAUACAAGAACAACUGCAAAUCGUACUUGCUAUAUGUGAUUUAUUUAUUUUUUUGCAUGCAGAUUAAUUCUUAUAAAAGAUUACAAUUAUAAUAAAAUGAAAAGAAAUAAUGAAUUUUAGUAUUUUGCACAAAUAAGUUUAAAUCCUCCUGGCCCACUGAUUUUCAGGCAAAUUAAUAAUGUGUUGGGUCUUUUCCCAUAAUUCGAGGAGUGCAAAGAAAGGAAAACGUUAUAUUAAAAAAAAGGUUCAUAAUACCAGUGUUCUGUAAUGUUUAAGUCACAUCAUGUUUAGGUUGUUUGCUUUUCAUAACAUACAAUGCAGCUUCACAGAAAUGGUUGUCCCAGUGGUUCAAUCAUGCAGCCUUACAAGAAAUACUUCAGUGAUCAAGCCAAAACUAUAUAAAACAUGUAUACGAUUUUUAGGUUUUAGAAAGAAUAAAUUAAAAAAAAAAUAAUUUAAAAAAAGACUGAAAGAGAGCACUUCCCUCUGGCAACAAAUUGUGGUCAAUAUGUUGUUAUAGUAGGCCACAUAUUUAAAAAAAUAAAUAAAUCAAUAAAUAUUAAAGUAAACAUAAACACUGUCCAUGACCACCAUUUUAAUGCACGCCGGUGUGUGUAGAACGCGCUGUGCUCGAAAGGUCAUGAUUGUUUCAAAAUACAAGCCUUUACUCUCUUGUCAGUUGACACAAUGGCGAGGUACAAUCGCUUGUUAAGCAGAAAAUUUAAUAGAGCAGUUGUUUUUAUUUUAAUAGAAUUAGGCACGUCAGAGUUAUGUGUUUUACCUGAAAAGGACUUAUUACAAAAAUAAAACUUAUGACUUUUAACUUGAAAAAUAUGUGGCCAGCUUUUAUUUCGUCGCAGUUUGAUUACUUGCGGCGAAUUCACAGUUGUUUCCUUUUUGCAGGCAGUGAAAGAGUAUUGAUCCUUACCAAAUAACGCGUUUUAAAUAUUCGUCAAUUGGUGCAACUGCAUGUUACCUAGAGGUGCUGCUCACCGAUUGAGUGCUGCUUUUGUCAUUUUCGCUGAGAACAAUCUACACUUUGGACUGCUCGUAGAGAAAAACCAGCAACUACCCUGCACUGACGCCAUGGACCAUUCUCCCAGCUCUAGUCAGUUGAUGGCCAGCAAUGUCACGAAUAAGACAGACCCACGGUCGCUGAACUCAAGAGUCUUCAUCGGUAACUUGAACACUAUGCUGGUUACCAAGGCAGAUGUUGAAGCCAUUUUUAGCAAAUAUGGCAAGAUUGUUGGCUGCUCUGUGCACAAGGGCUAUGCCUUCGUCCAGUACGUCAAUGAGAGGAACGCAAGGGCGGCUGUAUCAGGAGAAGAUGGCCGGAUGAUUGUUGGACAAGUGCUUGAUAUUAAUUUGGCAGGAGAGCCCAAACCUCACAGGUCAAAAACAACAAAGCGAUCGGCCGGAGAUAUGUACAGCAGUAGCUCUACUUUCGAGCUUGAUUAUGACUUCCAGAGAGAUUACUAUGACAGAAUGUAUUCAUACCCUUCCCGUGUGCCUCCUCCACCACCACCACCUCUCUCACGGGCUGUGAUCCCUUCCAAACGUCCGCGGGUCAGUGCGAGUGGGGGAACCAGCCGACGCACCAAGUCCAGCUUUUCCACUUCUUCCAAGAGCAGCCAGCGGACGUCUUCUCGAACUUUGAAAGCAGACGACCUUCAAACGAUUAAGAGAGAACUGGCUCAAAUUAAACACAAGGUUGACUACCUUCUGGAGAGUCUAGACAGAAUUGAGAAAGACCACAGCAAGAAAUCUGAGGGAAAGAGUCUGAAGGCAGAAGUGGGUGAGGCUUCCUCUCUUCAGCAUUCCAGCAAAAAGGACAGAGAGAGGGAAGAGCAAGAGAUAAAUGAUUCUGAGGAGGAGAGAGAUUUGUUAGAAGAAGAAGAAGAGGAGGAGGAGGAGGAGGAGGAAGAAGAGGUUAAAAGCCAGGUAGGAGAGAAUGAAGAAGAAGAGGGAGAGGAGGAAGAGGGUGAGCAUGAAGAAGGGGAAGAUGAUGGUGACAGCAUAAAUGGUGACGACUCAUAGGAUGUUUUAAACAUCGUGGAUACGAGACAUGCACUCAAAAUUCAGCCCUUUCAGUUCUUUUGAAAGGUUGAAGCCAGUCUUUAAAAGAUUUGUCUGUUAUGAUGUAGAUGCCUGCACUCUUAUAAUAACUGACACUACACUUACAUCAGUUUCACUGAUGUCAGUUUAUUUUUAUUGUUAGCAUGACAUCUUUUCAGGCUUUUUGAAGUGUCCCUCAACCUUAAAAGACAAAUGUCUGGUUUCAAACAACAGGAACCAUUACAUUUUCCAGUUCUUCUUAAUCAUUCUGACUUGAAGCUGAGGUUUUUAUUUUUCACUAGCGGAAUAUGUCCAUUACGUAUUCUCAGAGUGAAACCGGCCUGAUUCCUGUUUGCCCUGUGUGUCUUAUGGGAUUUUGUUUUUUUCUUUCUGUGAACAAAGAUAAAACUUGUAUUUUAAAAGGGGGAAACUUGAGUGGCUCCUCUUUUACAGAGAGCCAAUAAGCUUCCAGGAAAAUCUAUGUUUGUAUUUACCUGUCUUUUUUAUAUUACCCUGUUUCAGAAUAAUUCUACAGGAAGAUUUCAAUAAAAUAUUAAAUUAA